AUGGCCUCGCAGAACUCUCCCCCACCGCCGCCGCAAUGGCUGGUCGAUCUCAACGCCGCGCCGCUCGCGAAAUCGAAGUCCCUCAAGCUCGCGGAUCCGCCUGGAUUCACAUCUUCAGAAGUCGUCAAAUCCUCCAACAAGUCGAACAAAACCGCCGUAACCGCCCGCAAACCGCCCACGCCCGAACAGAUGGACACUUUGAAAUUGAAAAAGGCAUGGGAAAUUGCGCUUGCGCCAGCCAAACAGCUGCCGAUGAGCGCCAUUGGCAUGUACAUGUCAGGGAACAGCCUGCAGAUAUUCAGCAUCAUGAUGGUCUUCAUGCUGUUCAAAGGACCGAUAUUGGCGGUGAUUGGGAUUCAAGGCACAUUUCAGAGACUGGAGAGCGAUGGCAUUAAACAGCAGAUGAUCAUGGUCAAACUGGCGUUCGUUGGAUGCAACAUGCUAGCGCUGGCCUUGGGCAUCUGGAAAGUGAACGGGAUGGGAUUACUACCGACAACAAGAUCAGACUGGCUGGCGUGGGAGUCGCCGAGGGAAGCGAUCGAGCGAGCCUACUUUGUGCCUUCAUGA